GCCCAGCCGCCGUGCCCCGGGAAGCCCCUGGGGACGCGGAGCGGGGGGAAGUCCGAGGGCAGGGGACGUCUCGGGGAGGGAGGGGACAGUCCCCGAGUCUGCGGCGGGAGACCGGACUAGGGUCGGGGGAGGCUCGGGGAAGGGGCCCCGGAAGGGCGGCGUUUGGCAGAGCCCGGGAAACAGCCCGGAGAUUCUCCACGGAGGCCCGCGCGGAAGGCGCCUGAAGAGGUUCCUGGAAGAGGGUGUUCCCCCUUUAGGGGGAUGUUGACCGGAGGAGGUGCUCGGGGGUCGCCCUUCUGAGAAGGCCGCGGCGAAAGGGGCCCAGAACUGCUGCUGGAUGACCAGGAUUCCCUGUAAUUGAGAAUGUUGGAGAUCAACUCUGCAACUUUCUUCAGCGUUCAGUUGUUAAAAACAGAUAGGAUGCAAGUGUCUCAACCCCGGAUUAUGAAAACAAUACUUGGAAAACUGAAAACUAUCUAAAUGAUUGUCUUUGGUUGGGCCGUGUUCUUAGCAAGCAGAAGCCUUGGCCAGGGUCUGCUGUUGACUCUUGAGGAACACAUAGCCCACCUCCUGGGGACUGAAGGUGCUGCUGCUGCCAUGGGGAACUCCUGCAUCUGCCGGGAUGACAGUGGAGCAGAAGAUAGUGUUGACACCCAGCAGCAACAGGCCGAGAACAAUGCAGUACCCACUGUUGACAUAAGGAACCAACCCCGGGAUCCUGUUCGGCCACCAAGGAGGGGCCGAGGACCACAUGAACCACGGAGAAAGAAACAAAACGUAGAUGGGUUAGUGCUGGACACACUGGCAGUCAUACGGACUCUUGUAGAUAAUGAUCAGGAACCUCCCUAUUCAAUGAUUACAUUGCACGAAAUGGCAGAAACAGAUGAAGGAUGGUUGGACGUUGUCCAGUCUUUAAUUAGAGUUAUUCCAUUGGAAGAUCCAUUGGGACCAGCUGUUAUAACAUUGUUACUAGAUGAAUGUCCAUUGCCCACUAAAGAUGCACUCCAGAAAUUGACAGAAAUUCUGAAUUUAAAUGGAGAAGUAGCCUGCCAGGACUCAGGUCAUCCUGCCAAACACAGGAACACAUCUGCUGUCCUGGGCUGCUUGGCCGAGAAACUAGCAGGUCCUGCAAGUAUAGGUUUACUUAGCCCAGGAAUACUGGAAUAUUUGCUACAGUGUCUGAAGUUACAGUCCCACCCCACAGUCAUGCUUUUUGCACUUAUCGCACUGGAAAAGUUUGCACAGACAAGUGAAAAUAAGUUGACUAUCUCUGAAUCCAGCAUUAGUAACCGGCUUGUUACAUUGGAGUCCUGGACCCAUGAUCCCGACUAUCUGAAACGUCAAGUUGGUUUCUGUGCCCAGUGGAGCUUAGACAAUCUCUUUCUGAAAGAAGGUAGGCAGCUGACCUAUGAGAAAGUGGACUUGAGUAGCAUCAGGGCCAUGCUGAAUAGCAAUGAUGUCAGCGAGUACCUGAAGAUCUCGCCUCAUGGCCUGGAGGCUCGCUGUGAUGCCUCCUCUUUUGAAAGUGUGCGUUGCACCUUUUGUGUGGAUGCCGGGGUGUGGUACUACGAAGUAACCGUGAUCACUUCCGGUGUCAUGCAGAUCGGCUGGGCCACACGCGACAGCAAAUUUCUCAAUCAUGAAGGCUACGGCAUCGGGGACGAUGAGUACUCCUGUGCUUACGAUGGCUGCCGGCAGCUGAUUUGGUACAAUGCCAGAAGUAAGCCUCACCUGCACCCGUGCUGGAAAGAAGGAGAUACGGUAGGAUUUCUGUUAGACUUGAAUGAAAAGCAAAUGAUCUUCUUUUUAAAUGGCAACCAGCUGCCUCCUGAGAAGCAAGUCUUUUCGUCUACUGUAUCUGGAUUUUUUGCUGCAGCUAGUUUCAUGUCGUAUCAACAGUGUGAGUUCAAUUUUGGAGCAAAACCAUUUAAAUAUCCACCAUCUACGAAAUUUAGCACUUUUAAUGACUACGCCUUCCUAAGAGCUGAAGAGAAAAUCAUUUUGCCAAGGCACAGGCGUCUUGCUCUGUUGAAGCAAGUCAGUAUCCGGGAAAACUGCUGCUCCCUGUGCUGCGAUGAGGUAGCAGACACACAGCUGAAGCCAUGUGGACACAGUGACCUGUGCAUGAAUUGUGCCUUGCAACUGGAGACCUGCCCAUUGUGUCGGAAAGAAAUAGCGUCUAGAGUCAGACAGAUCUCUCAUAUUUCAUGACACACGGGAAGAGACACACGGACUUAUUUCUACUCAAUUCCAGCCAGUGUGGAAAAGAAAAAGAAAAAACCCAUCUCUAAUCAGUUGUACGCACAUUGAAACUUAUAGCCAUGGCCAGAUUUUAUGCUAAAAAUGGUAGUUUGUCAAAGACAAAAUUCUCUUAGAAUCUAACCCAACUUGCCAGCCCUGAGAAAUUCCUUUCAAGGCCAAGGAAAGCUGAGUGCUAACAAGUGAGGCCUGUGGUACUUCCCUGAAGCGAUAGGGGGCAGCACCCUCGCGAGCGCUGGGGCCACACCGGAUUUCUCCCUGUUGGGUUCGUUUGAUUGUCUAACACAGGAUGUUUUGUCUCAUAUUCUGAAGUUUUAUUUGGACAGAAGGUCAUUAUGGAGAAGUAAACGGCAGCAUUUCUGGGUUGAGUAUAACUUCCCGUUGGUCAGAGAUAGCGGUGUGUUAAGUGUGGCUAUUGCACUGUAAAACUUGAAUCUAUAAAACUAGAACCACACAGGUCAAUACUACAAGCAAUUUGGAGAGCCUGAAAGAAGGUGCACAGACUGUAGAAAACUCCCAAACUUUUGAUAUUUCAGUGAUUCCAAAGAACAUUCUAGUUUUUUUUAAAUGCAGAAAAUCGGUGGUAUUUUCACAUUCAUGGUGUUUCUAUCCAACUUCAGUACCCACAUUUCGUGAGGAAAACAUGUUUUAACAAUGCAGGAUGAAUUCUUGAAUUAAUUGCAAUGUUUGGAGAAAAUUUGGUAUUUAAGGUAUUUUUAAGGUACCAUGAAAUCAGGUUUUUUGGUUAAAAAAAGUUGUUUUUAAUCAGUAUUGUUUUUGAAAGUAACAUACUUUGAAACGCUUGAACUAACAGUCUCAGAAACUCUUAGAAGACAGUCUGAGAGCACGUAUUCCUGUUGUUUUGAAUAAAUAACAUGUUUGAAUGGUGAAUUCAAUCAUGGAUUGCUGACUGUAUCUCCAUCAAAGUGUUCCUCCCUCUCAGGGUCUCUGGUGAAGACCUUCAAGAGUUUGGUUUUUUUCUCCCAGAAAAUUGGAAGGUAGAAUUGUAAAUCCAUAGAAUUUACUUUAUAAUGGUGUACCUCAGCAGCUGCCUUUCAAUUUAUGCCAAGUCCUUACUGAGUUUAUACUUGAAUAGUAAAUAUGUCUUCUGAGUUUUACAGUGUCUUAAACUCAAUGCACAUUUUUUCUUCCUUCCCUACCCUUUUUUGUUUGUAGUUCAUUAAAAUGUCCUCUUAUAGUGCUGGUUUCCUUCCUGGCCGUACUUGUUGGGGUGCUGGAUUUUUCCCAUGUCGUUAGUCUUCCAUAAAUUCAAAAAUAUAUAUAAAUAUAAAUAUAUAUAUAUAUGUUCUUUAGCUUGUGGUGAAUACAGUAAUUUGCAUUGAAGAAAUAAAACAUUUGUUGCCUUUUUUUAA